UUGGCAGCCCACGGUUACUCUAAACAGCUGCAACACGUGCGGUUUGAAAUUGUUUUGGUUUACUUUUUUGUGAUUUAAGUUCAUUAAUUAAACGUUUUGACAAUGAAAAUCCGCAAGAAUCAUGCACGCAAGCGAUACCGCUACAAUGUGAACCGAAAAACGCUAAACAAAACCAGGAGUUCCAUGGGAAAAAUCAAGGAUCCCAGGAUGAAGAAGAUGUGGAUGGAGGAUCAGCGCGUCGGCACCAACUUCAGCGAAAUGGGCUUAGCUAAGGACGUCAAUAAAGCCAUAGCAAUCCCCAGCUACAAGAAGGAUCGCCUCCUGGCAGCGAGGGUGGUGAAUGGAUUUCUGGAGGAGGAGCUUGACGAGGAUGAGCGGCGGGCACUGGGCUUAAAAAAACCAGUCGUGGACGAGGGUCCGAAACGAGGCCAUGUUGUUCAAGAACUAGAGCAACUAGCCAGCGAACGAGCCGACCCUGAGUUCAGAUUACCAAAAGGGGUAGUGAAAGAGCUGUCAUAUUUCCUCAACAAGUACAAAUUUAACUACAAAGCCAUGGUCACUGACCGAAAAAACUUUGGUCAAUGGACUUGGAGGCAGUUUCGGCUCAAGAUUCGCAGAUUCAUGUCCAUUCCGGAGCAGUUCAAUGUUUACCUUGAGCAGAAGAAGCUGCCCGUCGGGGUAAAACCAGAUUGGGAGGAGUACGAGUCGGACAGUGAAUGGAAAUAAAUGCUUCUGACCUUCGUACAAUAUAACACUUCUAUGCUAUCUAUGUAAUGUUUAGUCUUAUUAUAAAUCAUUAAAUUUACAGAAAAACAGGCAAA